CGAUGAUCUGGCGCGGGCUGGAUGAAGCGACCGUGCCUCUCCUGGGGCGCGAGCGGGCAGGUGGCUCCGCAGCCUCGUCUCGAGCUUGGGAGGAGGGGCGAGCGGGGAGCGAAGGGGAUCCGACUGUGGGAAGCGCGGCCACGGCGCGCCAUGUCCGCGGCGCCCUCCUGGGACCCCCAGGCGCCAGGCGGCCGCGGCGCCUCCAUUGAGAGCAGGUCGUACGCGGGCCCGGUGCUCGCGGUCGCCUCCGCCACACUGCCCAGCGAGGCCGGCGGGACCGGCGGCGCGUCCUUGCUGCUCGCCGGCGUGGGGCCAGAUCUGCACGCGCUGCUGCUGGGAGAGGGUGCCGCCGCAGCCGCAGCCGGCGCCCCCGCGUGGCACCGGCUGCCCUGCGUCCUCGGCGGGAACGCCCACGUGCACGGCAUUCGCGUCCGUGAUCCAGACGGAGACGUGGCCGCCGUGUUUGGGCCGCAGCACCUCGCCCUCGUGGCGCUGUCCCUGGGGGCGCGCCCGCUCAGCCCCCUGGUGCAGCCAGCGCGCCUGCCUGACUGGCCGCUGGACGUGGCGUGGCUGUGCGAAGACGAGCUGCCCAGCAGCGUGGCGCCGCCGACGGGCGGCGGCGGCCAGGGCCAGGGCUGGCUGCUGGCGGUCGCCUUCGCACGGGUGUUCGUGGAGCUCUGGCGCUUUGGGCCGGCGGCGCCUCAGCGGCUGCUGCGCGCUGCCGGCCCAGAGGGCGUUGCCUUCUCGUACACCGCGUCCCUCUGCAGGCCCUGCGCUCCCGGACCGGACGCCGCGCGCCUCCUCUGCGCCACGGGGACCUUCGAGGGCAGCAUCGUCCUGUGGAGCGCCAUCGCUCGUGGCAGCGAGCAGCGAGAAGCCCACCCGGAGGCUGCCGUGGCCCGGCCCACGCUCGCCACUCUCGCCGGCCACCAGGGCGCCGUCUUCCGGGUGCGGCUGCUGUACGGCGGCUGCGUCGCACUCUCGGCCUCGGACGACCGCACCGUGCGGCUCUGGUCUGCCAGCGGCGCGGGGGCGGCGGAGCGCGUGCCCGAGGGCCUGCGGCCCGCCGCCGCGCAGGGCGAGGGCUGGGCCUGCCGCGCCGUGCUGCGGGGCCACGGCGCGCGGGUCUGGGACGCCGUGGUGGUGCCCCUCGGGGCGGGCGGCGGCGUGGGCGUGGCCUCGGCAUGCGAGGACUCGGUGGUGCGCCUGUUCUCCGUCGCGGGCGCGUGCCUGCGGGAGCUGCGGGGGCACCUGACGCGGGGCGUGCGGUGCCUGGAGGCGUGGGGGUCGCCGAGGCCCACGCUCGUCUCUGGCGGCGAGGACGGGGCGGUGAAGACGUGGCCGCUGGAGGCUGGCGAGGCGGCCGCGGCGGCGCGCACGAGGCAGCGCCGCUGGACCGUCCCUGGCGCGGCCGACUGGAUCCGCGAGGUGGCGCUGCUCGGGGGGGGCGCCGUGGUGCUCGCCACGAACUUCGGCCGCGUCUACCAGGUCGCCCUCGGGUCGCCUGGCGGCGGCCUGGCCGAGGAGGAGCUCUAUCGUGCCGCGGAGGGCACCAUCUUCACCUGCCUGGGCGCCUGGGAGCGUGAGCCCUCGGGAGCAGCGCUUCUGUGGCUCGGCUGCGCCGACGGCAGCGCCGUCGUCCUGUCGGGCUGUGGCGCUGCGCCCUGGACCGAUAGCGAGUGCAGGCUGCAGGCCUUCGAGCACUGCCGCGUGGGCGCGGCCUUUGCCGGCCGCGGCGGGCACGGCGCGCUCGCGGAUCACCGCGGCCGGCUGAGCCUCUGGCGCAUGGCCGGGGGCCUCCAGGGGCUGGGCCAGCUGCAGCUGCAGCAGCCUCCGGGCGAGAAGAACCAGCGCCCCCUGUGCGCCGUGCUUCUCGGCGUGGGCGAGGCGGGCUCCGAGCUCAUGGCGGAGACGCUCGGGUGCCCCGGCCUGGUCUGGGCCGUCGGCGACGAGCACGGCUGCGUCCACGCCGCUGGUUUGCGGGACGCGUCGUGCUGCCGGGGCGUGCACGGCGGAAAGGUGCUGUCGCUUUGUGAGGUGAGGAGUGGUGCCACCGACGGCUCUGCCUCUUUCCUCUCCAGCGGGAGCGACGGCGCCAUCGUCCUCCACCGCUUGGAGGCUUGCGGGGCCUGGCGGCAGCUGACCACCGUGCGGCCCGGUUGCGGCCUGAGGCAGCUGUCCCACCUCGUGCCACCGCUCCCCGGAGAUGGCAUGCCAGCCCUGCUGGGCGCGUUCCAGGGCGCCGACUUCGUCCUCUGGGACGUGGAGCACUGCGCUGGGAUUUGGCGCCACAGGUGCGGCGGGGGAAAGCGCCCCAGCGUCCUGCACGCCACGCGGACCGGCUUCACGUUCGCGUACUCCUCCGGCUCGAAGACGCUGGAGGUGCACGAUACGGAGCCGGGCGCGGCCUGCGGAUCGGCGUCCUCGCCGUCGUCGCUGCGACAGCCCCUGCACGGGCGGGAGAUCCACUCGGUGGCCUGGGUCUCUGCCCCCACUGCCGAGCGGCCUGGGCUCUUCGCCACGGCUGCGGAGGACACCACGCUGCGGCUGACCCAGUGCGCCCCGUUGCGCGGCGAGGAUGCGAUGCGGAUCAUCCCCCUGCAGGGCUCCGAGCAGCACCCCGGCGCCGUCCGCGCCGUGGCCUCCGCGAGGCUGGGCGGCAGCGUGGUCGUGCUGUCGGGCGGGGCGAAGGGCGUUCUGCGGCUUUACGCGCUCGAGGAGGGGCCCUCGCUGCGGCUCGUCUGGUCGCCCAUGCCUGGGCCUGUGCUGGCAGCGGCAGCGGCGGGCCGGCCCAGCGCGGCGGACGACAAGGAGACCGACGCGGGUGCGGAGGCCCUGGACUCCGAGGAGCCCGGCGAGGACGGCGGCGGUGCAGAGCCAGAGGAGCGCGUCAUGGCCAUCGACUGCCUGCAGCUCGACGACGGGGACCUGCUGGUGACAGCCGCGUCGUCGGUCGGCUUGCUGCGGUACUGGCUGCUCAGCGCCGUGGGCUCUUCGGAGGUCGGCGCCACCGUGGCCCGCGAGGUGCGGGUGGCGACCACCGCCGCGCUCUGCGUCAGGUGCCUGGCGACUCUGGGCGCGGGCCGUGGCGCGCUGGUAGGUACGGCCGACGGCUUCAUGGUCGGCUGCAGCCUCGACAUCGACCCCGCCGAGGAGCCGACCCCUCGUGGCGCUCCGUGGCCGCGCGCGCAGCUGCACGACGCGGGCGUGAACGACUUGGCUGUCCUGCCAGGCUGGGGCUGCCCGGGGCAGCUGCUGGUGGCGAGCGCCGGGGACGACCAGCAGAUCGCGCUGGCGCUGCUGGAGGUCCAGGCCAGCCCGCCUCUGCGGAUCCUCGGCUCCCGGCGCCUCAGCGGCGCCCACAGCUCCUCUGUGCGGUCCGUCGCCUGGGCGGCCGGCAGGCUCCUGAGCCUGGGGCUGGACCGCCGCCUCCGCGUCUGGGACCUGGAUGCCGACGGCGCCGCCGCCUCUGGCGGGUGCCCCUGCCUGCGCCCGGGGGAGGAGGAGCCCCACGCGGCCCGCUGCGUGGAGCCGGAGGCGCUCUCGGUUGCCCCUGGCUCUGUGGAGGACGCCUCGGGUCGCCAGCUGGUGGCCGUGGCGCUCGUUGGUCGCGGCAUGGAGCUCGCCGUGCUUCGUGUGAGCGGCAGGGAGCCGGGGCGCGGCGACGAGGCGAGGAUGCCGACCGCUUCCUGGAAGCCAGCGCCGUAAAACCAGCCGAGUGAUUCUCCUCCUCCUCCUCCUCCUCCUCCUCCUCCUCAGCAGC